GGCGCGCGGCGGAGAGGCAGGUGGGUGGCCCGGCGGGCGCUGCAGACGGGGAAGCCGAGCCCUCCGCCCCCCGGUUCGCGCCGGCGCCGCUGCAACCCGCUCCCAGGCCGCGCGUGCCGCCAACCCUCGCCAGGGCGCCCGCCGCCCGGGCCUCGGGCUCGCCAUGCGCUCCGCCGCCGUCCUGGCCCUUCUGCUGUGCGCCGGGCAAGCCAUUGCCCUUCCUGUGAGCAGCCCGAUGAAUAAAGGGGACACUGAGGUGAUGAAGUGCAUCGUUGAGGUCAUCUCUGACACACUCUCCAAGCCCAGUCCCGUGCCCAUCAGCCAGGAGUGUUUUGAGACACUCCGAGGAGAUGAACGGAUCCUCUCAAUCCUGCGACAUCAGAAUUUGCUGAAAGAGCUCCAAGACCUUGCUCUCCAAGGUGCCAAGGAGAGGGCACAUCAGAAGAAACACAGCGGUUCUGAGGAUGGACUCGCAGAGGCUCCUGACAAGCAGAAUGACCAGGCUGAGCGGAAAGAGGUGACGGGAGAAGCAUCCCCCAAGGAUGCUGUGGAGAAAAGAGAGGAUCCUAAAGAGACAGAGAAUGAUGGAGACACAGACGGAGCCAGGCCCCAAGCCUCCCAGGAGCCUGGACGAGGGCCCCAGGUCGAGGGGGACAGCCAGGCCCCAGGGCAGCAGGAGGCUGCCAACACUCACUCCCCAGCCAGCCUUUCCGGCCAGAAACACCCAGACUCACAGGCCGAGGAAGACAGCGAGGGCCUCUCUCAGGGCCUGGUGGACACAGAGAAGGGCCCGGGUGCAGAGCAAGGGCAGCAGGCAAAGCGAGAGGAGGAGGAGGAGGAGGAGGAGGAGGAGGAAGAGGAGGAGACUGGAGAGAAGGCUGCGACUGAGGAAGAAAACCCCACGGAGGCACUUAACCCCCACCCAAACCUCGGCCACCAGGAGACCGACAGGGGUGAGAGUUGGCCCGAGGCUCAGGCUGUGGACGAAGCCGGGAAGACAGGGGCUAAGGAGGCUCGGCCCCCCGAGGGAGAGGGAGAGCGGGAGCACUCCCGGCAGGAGGAGGAGGAGGAGGAAGAGGAGGAGAUGGCAGAGGCCCCUCGAGGCCUCUUCCGGGGCGGGAAGAACGGGGAGCUGGAGCAGGAACAGAAGGAGGAGCAGCUCUCCAAGGACUGGGAGGGUGCCAAGCGAUGGAGGAUGGACCAGCUGGCCAAGGAGCUGACGGCCAAGAAGGGGCUGCAGGGGGAGGACGAGGACGACGACCCCGACCGUUCCAUGAAGCUCUCCUUCCGCGCCCGGGCCUACGACUUCAGGGGGCCUGGGCUGCCGCUGCGUCGAGGCUGGAGGCCGACCUCCCGGGAGGACAGCGUGGAGGCGAGUCUGCCCCUCCAGGUGCGCGGCUAUGUGGAGGAGAAGAAGGAGGAGGAGGGCAGCGCCAACCGCAGGCCAGAGGACCAGGAGCUGGAGAUCCUGACGACCAUCGAGGCAGAGCUGGAGAAGGUGGCCCAGCAGCUGCAGGCGCUGCGGCGGGGCUGACCCGCCGGCCAGCCCCCCACCCAGGGCCCCAAGGCAGCCGGUGGUCCUGGCUCUGUUGUUCCCCCCGCAGGUCCUGGCCAGGUGCAGCUGCUGGUAGGGAGGCUGCUGCAGCCUGCCCCAAACCCAGGCCACCCUGGCCCCCUCACCCCUUUCCUCCUGCUCCCAAUUCCCGCCCCUGUGCGCCCCUCUGCAAGGGCGGACCCUCCACGACUUUAACCGGUUGUCUUUUCUCGCGAGACACAAGCAGAUUUCUAGAAGUUUCCUUCCCACCAUCAGAGCCAUUGGGUGCAACUGCAAUAACUUCUAACCUUUUGCUGAAAGCUGAGAAUUCCUGACUGUAAUGUAUUCUUUACAAAAUUUAUCUAAGGAAAAAUAAAUCUGCU